AUGCACUCCGUAUCGAACAACGCCUCCUCCGCCUCCUCCGCCGCCGCAUCUACCUCGUCGAACGCGUUGUCGCCCGCACACCUUCAAGGAAAAGGGGGAGUUGCAGCAGGAUUUCUGCUCCCAGCGGCACUCCACGAGAAGGGAGAUAUGGGAAAUGGACAGGACCAGUCCAUCGCUCAGUCUUCCUGGAGCGUGGAGAACGCAGUCGCAGUGUUUGAGUCCACCCAAGCUCUUUCUCGCCUGCUUUCGGAGGCCAUAUUCGGCACAAACAUUGAGCGUCCCGCGUCAGAGGUUGUUGACGUCGCAGAACACGAGCUGGGGUGCUGGGGUGCUGCCGCUUCUAGCGACCUCGCAGACCGCCUCGUGUCGAUCUACGCGUCGACACGCAAACCAUUUGACGGCCCAGUGGGUCCGGAUACCUGGCUGGAUGAGAGGAACAAUGUUCUGUUUCGCACCCGGCCAGACGAAGAGUUCGAAACGUUCGCGUUCCCACCUCCGACCAGCAAGCCCAUCUCCCGGGAACCCCCCGUACGUCGUCGCAGGCGUCUGGCGCGCUCUGCCCGUGCCGCUUCAUCUUCGGUUCCCACAAAUGCUCCAAGCCUGACAUCGGGGCCUCUUCAAACUCGGCAUGCCGUCUCUGAUGCUGACGUCGCCCUACCCCCGCCAUCGCCUCACCGGUCCAACAAGCGCUCUCCGACGAGCGACAUGGACCAAGACCUUGAGGCCACGCAUCCUCACAAGCGGACAAGGACGGAUGGAGGGGAGGUCGUAGUUCUGCAAGGGGACACCACGGAGAUGGAAACGCAAGAGGGAGAGCCCGAGCAACUUCAAACGGCGGAAGCCUACGAAUCCACCCGCACGAUGGUUGUCGUCGCGGAUCACCUAGGGCCUGUCGACGUCGCGAUUAGUUCGUCCAACCCUACGUCGGGGAAGUACAGUGUUGGCACAGAAGAAGCCAGAGAAGGUGCCGAGGCAUACACAGAGGCCGCGGAAGAGGCCGGCGACGCCCAAACCCCUGGCAGCGUCCCCGUUCCUGCGCCUCCUCCCGCCCCCGUUCCUGCUCCUCCCGCCCCCGCCCCCGCCCCCGUUCUCGCCCCCGCACCACGCGUAAAGCGCGCGCGCCGUACAAACGCAGAGAUCGCCACCACCCUCGUCCCCGGGCUCACGGCGAGUACCUGUGGCUUCCCUAACUGCGGCUUCCUGCACCGCCCCACCUCGGGCGACAACAACCGCAACCACAUAAAGGCGAAGCACUACGCGAUCGCGUUGCUCUCGAGUGCGAACCCGCUGGUCUGCGGCUGGGGAAACUGCGGGCUGCCCUUCGCGGGGACGCAGAUGAUGGCGCACAUAGAGCGGGACCAUAUCAAGUAUGGGUACCUGUGCCCCAUCUUCGGGGAAGACUGUCCGGACCAUUGGAGGGGGAGCCGGGCGAAGGACCAGACUACGCACGCGAGAAGGGAUCACUGA